CCGAGUCGAAAACUUACAUUAACCGGAAGCUCUAAAGCAUGCUGGAGAAUUUGUGUUGCUUGACCUUUCUUUGGGGGGGUCAUAACCGUGUAUCAUGGAGGAAUAUGCACGUGAUCCAUGCCCCUGGCGGAUAGUGGAUGACUGUGGUGGUGCUUUCUCCAUGGGAGCCAUAGGCGGUGCCUUUUUUCAUUCAAUUAAGGGGUACAGAAACGCACCCAGUGGACAUUAUCGUCGAUUGAUUGGCAGUGUCGUAACAUUAAAGGAACGGGCACCAAUCGUUGGAGGAAAUUUUGCUGUGUGGGGUGGCCUGUUCUCAGCCAUUGAUUGCUCGCUUGUGUAUGUUCGUAAAAAGGAGGACCCCUGGAAUUCAAUAGCCAGUGGAGCUAUGACAGGAGCUAUCUUAUCAGUUCGUAAUGGGGCUGGUGCUAUGAUUGGAUCUGCAGUUAUUGGUGGCGUCUUGCUGGCAUUGAUUGAAGGCAUGGGCAUUAUGUUUACCCGCUUCACUGCUGAACAGUAUAACCCUGCAAACCACAUUGUGGAAGACUCAUCACAGAUGCCUCCAUCAAGCAAAAGUUCUCCUUUCUUCUCAGGCCAAGCCCCCCAAUAUCAAUGACAGAGCAAAUUCAGGGUUGAGAGACUAUUGAUUUCUAGUUACAGAGUGUCAGCCUAUAUUGAUCAGUUUGAAGAAGUGCUGUCAGACACUUUUUUGGUCAUAUUUUGGAAAAUAUCUCAACAUCCACACUAGCCAUGAACAGUGAAAGUAGCUUUAGACCAUCAGAGGAAGCCUUAGUGGGAACUUUUUUCCUGGACGUACUUGUCAAACUUUGGCUUUAUAUAUUUCUGCCUCAGUCAAUGUCUGCAAAAUCUUGACUGUAUUUUAAGGAUUUUAUAGGAGACUGAGAAAAUUGUUGUCAUGAACAUUAUAUGUGGUCUCUGAGGCGAAUAAGCAAAAAACAAAUACUUCACAAUCAGGUGGUUAAAACUUUUUGGCUGUGAUCCUUCAGAGAUAGACUUGUGUGCCUGUUCAAACAUGAGUAUGUGGAUGUUUGUGAGUGGAUGUGUAGGUGUGCAUGGAAAAGUGAUUGUGUGAGAGAACGAUGUUUGCUGCACUCCUAGUGCAUCUAGGUUAAGAUUUAAACUGUUCAUCAACCAUUGAGGACAAGCCUGGUGGUCUGUUUUUUGUAACAUUAAAAGAUCUUUGUAAGGUUACAUA